AUGGCGAGCGGUCCGCCCUUCGCCGAGGCAGGGGCCGGCGACGGCGCGCACUCCCGGCAGCAGCCCGCCGCGCUCUCGCGGAGGGUGGCAGACCAGGGAGGCGACGACUCCGACGACAACCUCGUCUUCGUCGACGAGAACGCGCCCAGCUCCCGGGGGUCGAUGGCGCAGCGGAUCGCCCGGCGCGCCCCCGCGCCGAUUGUGGUCCACCAGGCGUCGCCGCCGCGGCAGAGCCGCGCCGUCGCCAAGCGGCCGAGCGCCACGCGCACGCCGUCCAAGGACGCGGUGGUCGAGCGCACGAAGUCGCCGACGGGGAGCAAGGACGCGGUGAUCGAGCGCGUCGUCUCCAGGCAGUCCAUCGCCGAGCAGCAGCAUGUCCAGCGGCAGUCUUCCGGCAGCCACACGCCGCCCGCCAUGAAGGGCGCCGCCGCCAGCAGAGCGUCCCCGCAGAGCCCGCAGACCGCGCCGACCUCCCCGCAGACCUCGGCCAGCAGCCCCGCCGUGGCCCGCGCCCCGGCUGGGGAGAAGCAGAAGCCGGGGCAGGAGGAGGGCGAGUUCACCAUCGUCCUGAAGAAGAGUUCGCCCGACGAGAGCCUCGGGGCCGACAUAGCCGGCACGCCGGACACCAAGGCGCUGAAGAUCGUGUCUUGGAAGGGUGACUCGUUGAUCGAGAAGUGGAACUCUGACAACCCUGCCAAGCAGGUGAAGAAAGGGGACUUGGUUGUGGCCGCGAACGGCAUGGAAGGCAGCGUCGUCACCAUUAUCGCCGAGAUCAAGCGGAGCAUGGUCAUAGAGUUGCGUAUCAAGCGCGAGCUGGUUUCUGCGAAGGCCGCUGGCAGCGCUGCGUCCAGCGCCAGCUCCUCCUCCGGCGCGGCCGCGCCCGGCAAGGGGGCGGGCCCGCCGCCGGCGGCCAGCGACCAGGAGGCCAGCGAGAGCGCCGAGUCCAGCGCCAAGGAGGAGGGCAGCGACGAGGAGGACGAUGAGGAGGACUCGGACAGCGAGGAGAGCGCCUCCGAGGGCAAG